AUGGCGCGGAAACCUCGAUCAUUAGCGGCCAGAAAGCUGUUGAAGACAAGUUCCAAGACAGCACGUGCAGGUGCCACUGGUCUCGGAUCAACUUCUGCACAAAAGCUGGGUCCUCGAAGUCGAAGCGGUGUUUGGCCGCGGCCACUUCAGAUCGAGUACAACUGCGGCCUGCCAGCUGAAGACACAGAGAUCUUCGAGGAUCUUGGCUUGCCUGGACAUCAGAAGGUCGCCGAAACAGUCUUCGAAGAUCCGGAAGAGGCCAACAUUCGGCCUCGGCUUCUAGUUCCCCUGCAGUCUGUGCUCGGUCUUAAGGCUCUGUGUGAACGUGAGUACAUUCGUACGGAGACCGUGACUGAGAUGCUGAACCAGUGCCGCACGGCUUACUACAAGGAGCUGUUGUAUCUUCGAGAGCAACUGAUACUGGCAGCGGAGCCGGAGAAGCAAAUGCUGCUGGCAUCCGUUCAGAACUAUGAGGUCUAUUACUUCAAUCCGCCAGCUUAUGUUGACGAAGAUCUGAAAGAGUACAUGAUGAACUGCAGCCGAUGGACACACAAGAAGCUGAUCGAAGAGAACUAUGAGUUGCAAAUGAAGCUGGCAGGACAGGAGGAUGUUUUCGAGAAUGCAGACUUCUGCAUGAAAGGGCUCCUGCGCAGACACGGGACUUACCGGAUGUUCAAGGUCAUGCACAACAUCGUUAAAAAUGCUAAGGACCUCUUCAACCCUGAGGACAUGAUCCGAAAGAAGGAGACGGAGGGCCUCAAGCCGAUCGACGAGCUGCAGGCAGCUGUCAUCGAACUGUUCCCGAACCUCAAGGCCAAAGAAGACAACUCGGGCAUACUUCUGGCGGAGAUUGAGGAGCUCCAGAAGACUGUGACCGACCUUAGAGCAGAACUGGCCAAGGUGAAGGAUCUCUUGGAGAAAGAAAGGAGCCGGGCGGACAGCCUGAAUCGAAAGUGCGAAGAGCAGAUGAAGCUCCUUAAAGUGGAGGAGGUCGAAGUCGUCAAGCAGGUGGACAAUGAAGACACGUUGACGGAGUUGAAGAAGCUUAAGGACCUCAAGCAGCGCCUUGAAGAGGAGGCCCAGGCGCAGGCAAAACGCUUGCGCAAGCAAUUGGACGACUUUGCCAAAGCGAAGUCCCUGCAGACAGGAAGCUCCAAGGCGGAUGCAAGUAAGCUUGUGCCGAAAUUGGAUGAGGCAGUCUCCGAUGCGGAGCAGCUCUUCAAAGCGAUUGCUAACCUCCCGGCCCAGGUGGUGAAAGUCCAGGGCACCAAGGAGGUGGGCUCCAGAAGUGGUGAAGAAAGUGCCAUGAAGGAGAUCCAGCAGCUGCAGCAAGAGAUUGAGGCUUUGAAAGCCAAGCUUGCGGCUGCCGAGAGGAGGGAGCAGGAUGCCUUACAGAAGCUGAAGGAGCUGCAGAGCAGACCGGGCCAGGUUGUCAAGUCCGAGUCGACAGGACCUGGUAUGCCAGAGGACUACGAGGAACUCAAAACUCGCCUCGAGCGGAAGCUCGCAAGGAUCGCCGAGUUGGAAGCUGACUUGGACCAGGCGAAGCGAGACCUGCGAGCUGCAAACCGCAAGGUGGAAGAGCAGGAGUUGCUACUUCAAGAGAAGGCGAGGAAAGAUGCGGAGAAGGCCAAACAGAUGUCCGACCUUAUGGAAAAGCUGCGAAAGUCAGAAGAGGAGGCCGAGCAGCUUGGGGGCAAGUUGUACAACGCCCAAGAGAAAAUAAAGAAGCUGAAAGAAGAGAUUCGGGAGCUGAAGAACAAGUUGGGCAUGGAAGUGAAAGAAAGCGAUGGGGAAGAAGAGGAGGAAGCUAACACUGGGGCCAGUUUUAUGAGCCGCUACUACCUCCGAGCGAAAAACAGUGGAAAGCCACGAUGGAUGCUGCUCAGCGAGGAUGCAAAGCUGAAAAGCCAGAGGACGGAGCACAUCCAGAACCAAGCACACCAGCAUGUUAGCAGCAACUUUCAGGCCGCCAACGCAUUGCAGUUUCUCAGGCGUGCUCCAUCAUCCAACGAGGGUCAGAGGCCUCGUGGAGUACGCCUGCAAUACGGCAACACGCAGGAGUGGUAUUCUCCUGACAGUGGCAUGGGAGAUGGCACCCCAGCCUACAGUGGAGGAUUCAGCAGGCAGGGCAGCUUCCACAUGGGCCACAAUUUCACAGAUGGCUCUGCCGCAAGCCCUGGUGGCCCUCGGUUCCUGGCCACACAGGGAUCAGGGAACUUUUAUGGAGACGCGUCACCUCAACAGUCUUUCCAGCACAGCUUCAGCAGGCAAGGGACAGCCAGCUUGGCGGGCUUGGGGGGCUUCGGCGGCAUGGGCGCUCGUGCUCCAGGCGCAAGAACCGGGGCCUGA